UCUCAAAAAAAAUGAAUCUCAAAAAAAAUGAAUUUAAUAAAAAAAUUAAUGAUUUUGGAUUCAAAAUCGAAUCAGAAACAGAAUCCACAUUUUAAUUCUCUCAUUUAAUCAAAUAGUAAUCAGCAGUUGUACUUAGAAUCUUCACUCAGAUUAUCAGUCUGUCUCAAUUAUUCUUCUAAUCACAUUUCUGCUUCUUCAUAAUCAAUCGAUCUUGUUGUUGAUUUUCUUGAUUUUACCGAAUGGCGAAUGAUGAAGAUAAUAGUACCGAAUCUUCUCCACCUCCUCCGCAGAAACAUCUUGUUUUUGCUUACUACAUUACUGGUCAUGGAUUUGGUCACGCUACUCGUGCAGUUGAGGUUGUUCGACAUCUUAUUGCAGCUGGGCAUGAUGUGUAUGUGGUCACUGGUGCUCCAGGUUUUGUUUUCACUUCGGAAAUUAAAUCUGACAGACUCUUCAUUCGUAAGGUCUUGUUAGAUUGUGGAGCUGUUCAAGCAGAUGCAUUGUCAGUGGAUCCCCUGGCUUCGCUAGAGAAGUAUUCGCAGACUGCAGUUGUGCCUCGGGCUUCUAUUUUGGCUACAGAAAUAGAGUGGCUUACCUCAAUCAAUGCUGAUUUAGUGGUGUCGGAUGUUGUUCCUAUUGCAUGUCGGGCAGCGGAUGAUGCUGGAAUUCGCUCUGCUUGUGUCACCAAUUUCAGUUGGGAUUUUAUCUACGCUGAGUAUGUGAUGGCUGCUGGACAUCACCAUCGUUCAAUAGUUUGGCAGAUAGCAGAGGAUUAUUCUCACUGCGAUCUUCUAAUCCGUCUUCCAGGAUACUGCCCGAUGCCUGCCUUUCGUGAUGUUAUUGAUGUACCGCUUGUUGUGAGGGAGCAGCGUAAAUCACGAGCUGAGGUUAGGAAAGAGCUUGAAAUAGGGGAGGAUGUUAAGCUAGUUAUUUUCAACUUUGGUGGACAGCCUGCAGGUUGGACGCUAAAGGAGGAGUAUUUACCGUCUGGUUGGCUGUGUCUGGUAUGUGGUGCAUCUGACAACCAAGAACUUCCUCCAAAUUUUAUAAAGCUCAAAAGAGAUGUAUACACACCAGAUGUGAUGGCAGCAUGUGACUGUAUGAUCGGAAAGAUUGGGUACGGAACAGUAAGUGAGGCUCUGUCUUACAAGUUGCCUUUUGUAUUUGUACGGAGAGACUUCUUUAACGAAGAACCAUUCGUUAGAAAUAUGCUUGAGUAUUACCAGAACGGCGUUGAAAUGAUUAGGAGGGAUUUGCUCACUGGACGCUGGGCACCUUACCUUCAGCGUGCAAUUAGUUUGAAACCCUGCUAUGAAGGAGGGGUUGAUGGUGGCAAGGUGACUGCUCGCAUACUACAGGAUAUGGCUGUUGGAAUGAAUAAUACUCCACAAAAGUUUAGUGGGGCUAGCAGAUUGAGUGAUGCUAUAGUCCUUGGGUAUCAAUUACAACGAGCACCUGGUAGAGAUGCAGAUAUUCCAGAGUGGUAUUCUGUUGCUGAACAUGAACUAGGUAUGCGCAACUCAUUGUCGAAUGCUGAGAUGAACCAAAAAAGCUCUUCUGAAAAAUCAUGUGUUGAAGAAUUUGAAAUUCUUCAUGGAGAUCAUCAUGGUCUUCCGGACACAAUAAAUUUCUUGAGGAGUUUGGCAGAGCUGGAUGUAGAACAUGAUUCUGGAAACAACACCGAGAAGCAUAAAAUGCGGGAGCAAAUUGCAGCUGCUGCACUUUUUAACUGGGAGGAUGAGAUAUUUGUUGCCAGAGCACCUGGGAGGUUGGAUGUCAUGGGAGGAAUUGCAGACUAUUCAGGAAGUCUUGUAUUGCAGAUGCCCAUUAGAGAAGCUUGCCAUGUUGCCAUCCAGAGAAGUCACCCAAGCAAGCAGAAACUGUGGAAGCAUGCCCAAGCUCGGCAACUUACAAAAGGACAAGAGUCCACACCUGUGCUGCAAAUUGUUUCGUAUGGGUCAGAAUUGAGCAACCGUGGACCAACUUUUGACAUGGACUUAUCUGAUUUUAUGGAUGGUGAGCAGCCAAUUUCAUAUGAAGCAGCCAACAGAUUUUUUGCCAAAGAUCCUUCACAGAAGUGGGCAGCAUAUGUUGCAGGGACUGUUCUUGUUUUGAUGACUGAAUUGGGUGUUCAGUUCGACGAUGGCAUCAGUAUAUUGGUGUCUUCUGCUGUGCCGGAAGGGAAAGGAGUAUCUUCUUCUGCUGCAGUGGAGGUUGCUACCAUGUCGGCCAUUGCUGCUGCUCAUGGGCUAGAUAUCAAGCCAAGAGAUCUGGCGUUGCUCUGUCAAAAGGUGGAGAAUCAUGUUGUUGGAGCUCCUUGUGGAGUGAUGGAUCAGAUGGCAUCGGCGUGCGGGGAAUCUAACAAACUUCUUGCAAUGGUUUGCCAGCCAGCUGAGGUGCUUGGACUUGUGACGAUCCCUUCCCAUAUACGAUUCUGGGGCAUUGAUUCAGGAAUUCGACAUAGUGUUGGUGGUGCAGACUAUGGAUCUGUGAGAAUAGGUGCCUUCAUGGGACGUAAGAUCAUUAAGUCUGUUGCGUCUGCGUCAUUUUCUAAUUCAUCAUCCAGUGCUAAUACACCAGAGCAAGUGAAUGAACUCGAAGAAGAUGGUAACGAACUACGUGAAGCUGAAGCUUCCCUUGAUUACCUAUGUAAUCUUUCCCCUCAUCGAUAUGAAUCCGUGUAUGAAAAGAAGCUUCCAGAAUCUAUACUUGGGGAAACAUUCUUGGAAACCUACCUUGACCACGACGAUCGAGUAACAACUAUUGAUCACAAGCGUAGUUAUGUAGUUAAAGCACCGGCCAGACAUCCGAUUUAUGAGAAUUUCCGUGUCAAGGCUUUUAAAGCACUACUAACAGCCGUCUCAUCUAAUGACCAAUUUUCCGCUCUCGGAGAACUCAUGUACCAGUGCCACUACAGUUAUAGUGCCUGUGGACUUGGAUCCGAUGGAACAGAUAGGCUAGUAAAAUUGGUGCAGGAAAUGCAACACUGUAAAGUUUCUAAAUCUGAAAAUGGAACUCUAUUUGGAGCAAAGAUUACUGGUGGAGGCUCCGGUGGCUCUGUUUGCAUACUAGGAAGGAACUGUCUACGAAGCAGCGAACAAAUUCUAGAGAUUCAGAAAAAGUACAAAGCUGCCACAGGAUUCAUGCCAUUUGUAUUUGAAGGUUCUUCUCCAGGUGCUGGAGAGUUUGGGUAUCUGAAAAUUCGUCGCCGUUUUCCUCCAACAGAAGCCUAGUUCUUUUCCCCCUCCCAUAACAAUCCGAGGCACAUCUGAGUAUUUUUUUUUUCAUUCUAAUUUUUCUAUUCUUUGUAGUAAUUAAGAUUCUAAUCCUUGUUAUAGAGACUGGAAUUAUCUGAGUUGUAAGUUGUAACUUGUAACCCUUCAUUUUGUGAAACAAUUAUAUCAGUCAAACAAAGAAUAAGGCCAGGGUGCAGUAUAAACAAAUAGUAAAAAAUAAUUUUGACA